CAUGGGAGCCGCCACUGUCUCCAGCAGCCUGGGAGUGCUCCUAUACUGCUCGGUUCUCAGCUGUGUCUAUGCUCUGGUUGACGCAGAUGAUGUAAUUACCAGGGAUGAACAGAUUUACUUGCUGCUUCAUGCUAAACGGAAGUGUGAACAGAAAUUGAAGUCCAAGAUGGAUAAAGCUGCUGAAGGGUACUGUGCUCCCCAGUGGGAUGGGAUCCUUUGCUGGCCAGAAGGACCACCAGGGAAAUUGGUGUCAAUGCAGUGCCCAGAUUAUAUAUAUGAUUUCAACCACCAAGGCCAUGCUUAUCGACAAUGUAAUGUGAAUGGGAGCUGGGAGCUUGUGCCAAGCAAUAACCGAACAUGGGCAAAUUACACAGAAUGUGCCAGGUACCUUGCACAUAUGAACCAGGUUGCAGAAAAGGACAUCUUUGAUCGUCUGUACCUCAUCUACACCGUGGGAUACUCUAUUUCCUUAUGCUCAUUAACUGUGGCAGUUAUUAUCCUGGGCUACUUCAGGCGCCUACACUGUACCAGGAACUACAUACACAUCCAUCUUUUUGUGUCUUUCAUGCUUCGAGCCAUUAGUAUCUUUGUGAAGGAUGCAGUGCUGUACUCAGAGACAACAUUCUUAAAUCUGGAAAGCGUUGAUCUGGAGGAUCUGAAAUCUAUAACUGAUGCUCCUCCAUCCCAAGACAAGUCUCAGUAUAUUGGCUGCAAGGUGGCUGUUACCAUUUUCCUUUACUUCUUGGCUACUAAUUACUACUGGAUCCUGGUGGAAGGCCUCUAUCUCCAUAGCCUCAUCUUCAUGACUUUUUUCUCUGACAAAAAGUAUCUUUGGGGCUUCACCUUAAUAGGCUGGGGUGUUCCUGCUGUAUUUGUGGCAGCAUGGGCAAGUGUGAGAAUGACGCUGGCAGAUACACAGUGCUGGGAUUUAAGUGCUGGGAAUUUAAAGCUGAUUUAUCAACUACCCAUUCUGGCAGCAAUAUUGGUCAACUUCAUGCUUUUCAUCAACAUUAUUCGAGUUUUGGCCACAAAGCUGAGAGAGACCAAUGCGGGAAGGUGUGAUACCCGUCAGCAGUAUCGGAAGCUACUGAAGUCGACUCUAGUGUUGACUCCUCUGUUUGGAGUUCACUAUAUUGUGUUCAUGGCUAUUCCCUACACGGAAGUGUCCGGCACGCUCUGGCAGAUCCAGAUGCAUUAUGAAAUGCUCUUUAAUUCCUCUCAGGGUUGCUUUGUGGCUGUCAUCUACUGUUUCUGUAAUGGAGAGGUCCAGAGUGAGAUCAAAAAGGCAUGGGCACGGUGGACAUUAGCACUUGACUUCAAACGCAAAGCCCGUGGAGGGAACACCAACUACAGCUAUGGACCAAUGGUGUCACACACCAACAACAGUAUCAGCACCAACCUGACCACCCGUGCUCCACAAGCUCUCCACCUCAAUAGUCGACUGGGCAGUGGACUACUGAAUGGGCAUCGGAACCUGCCAGGCUAUGUUAAAAAUGGCUCAGUCUCUGAGAACUCACCGCCCUCAUCUCUACCUGAGCAAAAUGGCAAGGAUGAUGAGCACAGCAGGAGUUUGGGGGCUUCAGAGACCCACAAACCUUCUUUAGUUGUUGAGGAAGAGAGGGAGACUGUAAUGUGAUUGGAAGGCACAUGCACAGGAAGCAUCUAAUCUACACACAACUGAACUCCUCAACCAUAAAACAAUAGCAAUGGAUUGAAUUGUUCUCCACUUGUUUCACUACACUGGUAAGAGCAGGGUACUCCAACUGGAAAAUACCUGAAAUGUGGACGGAGAAUCAGGAAGACAUGAUAUUGUAUCGUGUAAUCUUUUUCUCCCCCAAGGAUUUGUUGUAUCUUUGCAUAAUAAUGUAGAUUUUAGUCAAGCACAGUCAAUGUCAUCACAAAUGCCAGUAUUCAGUGGAUAGACUCAAAACAGCACUGGUGACAUUUAUUGCUUCUGCAUGGCCUGAAUCUCCCAGAGUAAAUUCUCUCUGUCGUUUGCAUGUCAUCACCUGAGUGCCUAUUCACCAUGUUAGAGGAGCAUCAACUGAUUGAUCAUAAGGAAUUGGGCAUUCAACUUCCUUCUUUUUCUCAUUCCUAGUAUGCUGCUUCAAAAGUGAUGAUAUCUGAUUAACUGAGCAAUGCCUUCUUUUUUGCAGAGGAGUCAUGUUUAUGUAGAGGGGCUGCCAGAUCUCAGAAAGGACAAUCUGGAAGAUGGUCUCAACAGAAUCCUGUAAAGUGGCAAUUUAAGUGUAACUCUUCCUUUUCAAAAUAGAUAGUUCUCAUUAUUACACCAGUGCAUACAGAGCUGUAGAAAACCAUCUGGGGAAUGUACAUGUCCUGGAUAUCUUGCACUGAUACCCACAGUGUUAAUUAAAACCAAAAGAACUGCGUUGGCUAUAAAUCAGAAACAGAAGUUGCUGGAAAAGCUCAGCAGGUCUGGCAGCAACAGUGGAGAGAAAUCACGAGUUAUGUUUUGGGUCCGGGUCAGUUCUGCAGAAGGGCCAUUGGACCUGAAAUGUUAACUCUGAUUUCUCUUCAUAGAUGCUGCCAGACCUGCUGAGCCUUUCCAGCAAUUUCUGUUUUUGGCCCAGAGUGGAUUUCUUUCGAUCUUUUUUCAUUUUGAGAGGAUAGGUAAAAUCUGUUGAAAUAAUAAGGUAAUAAAUGACCCAAAAACCAAUUUGAGCACAGAUCCAUAGUAGCAGAAACUUGGAGAAAAGUUGAUGUUCAUAACAAUGCUGUUGACGAAAGCCGUCCAAGCAUUAUUUCAAAGAUCUUGGCCAAUGCAGCAUCAAUAUUCACAAUUAGCUCUAAAGCUUUGAGUUGCAUGGUGAACUCCUCAAGUAAAUAAGACAACAUUGAAAACCACAAUCUUUUCCAUUGACCAGGCAUUGAUCUCCAACUGUUAGGUAUCAGAAUUCACUAACUCCAUGUCCAUUCUUUAUCCUUUCCAUUUAUUAGUGUCUGUUCAAAACAUGCUGAUAUAUAGAUGUUGUUUCUUAUUGAGUUUGUGAUGUUCAUGUUGUUUGGUUAAAAAUUAUUGGGAAAAAGGAUAAAUUAUUAUUUAUUAAUUUUUUUAACAAAUGCAUCUUGAGUGAUUGUGGGAAAAUAAUAAACAUGUUUGUUGUUUCUAUAGUGAUUGACAAGAAACAGUGAAUUGUGUUCCAUUUUGGGUUGAUGUCAUUUUUUAUUAUAAACUGAAGACUGAGGGAUGGAAAUCUGAGAGAUUGACUUGCUGCUAAUCCACCUGGAACGAUUACGCACUGAAUUCACCAUAUGAUCACAAGUUGACAAUUCUAGUUCACAAAGAGUUUUGAAGGCCAGCAGUGGUGCACUGGUAAUUUCACUAUUAUUCCAGCAGCCUCAGGAUAUUUCUAUGGGGGCAUGUGGUCAAAUCCUAUCAUGGCAACUGGAAUAAAAGGUAGUCUCAGCAGUGGUGACCUUGCCAAUUACUGAUUGUUGUAAAUAUCCAUCUGGUUAACUAAUGUCAUUUAGGGAGAGAAAUCUUCCAUGCAUUUCCAGGCCUAUGUGUGAAUCCAGACUCAUAACAAUGUGGUUCACUUCUAACUGCACUCUGAACUGGACGAGCAAACUGUUUAAGUAGGGUGAGUCAACAAAUAUUGUCAUUGCCAGUCAUGUCCAUUUCUAAUGGAAAAAAAAAGACAUUGACGUUAUGUAUUCAAAUUCCAACAUAUCAAGACAUGAAACCAUGUUUAAUAAAUCUGAUAAUCUGUGAGUGUGCCAUAGAGAAAAAGAAAACUUAUUAUCCCUAACUGUUUUGGGCCUCUUUGUUUUACUCUGCACUGUUAACUAUUAAUGCAUCCUGAAGUGACCUGGAAAACUAUAGCAUGCAUACACAAGAUCCCACCACAUUUCAAUGCAUCUAGGCAUUGACACUA